AUGCCUGAUACAAAUAUCAAUUGGCAAGGUUCAGCUGUGGAGGAAACCAUAACUCCUCUGCCAGUGUACGAAGAUCUCAACGAACAACAACUCAGAGAAAUAUAUGACAACGAUGAAAUAAACCGAUUUCUUCAUAUAUUCUCCACGUCAGUCACGGAAGUUCACCGUCUUCCUUCAGAGCAAAGUAGUGCCAAGAGCGCAGAUCAUUUUGACGACUCAAGCCUACCCGAGCAAAGUGACAUCGAGGAUCAUGGGUAUUCACAAGCAGAAAAUAUGAUUCCUACGCUUCCAAGCUCCUGGGUCGAAUCGCUUCUACUCCCGACGGCCCCUCCUAGGCCUGCUUUCACCCUUGGAAGAUUGAAGGUUGCCAUACAGAGGCUCUAUCUGGCUACUGUGCCGGUUUACGGGCCUUUCUUCUCUAGCUUGAUAGAGCUGGCCACUUGGCAAAAUCGUAAGAGAAGCCUGUUCUACUGUAGUGUAUAUUGGAUCCUCUGGUACCACAACAUCCUCCUGCCUAUCUUGUUCCUUCGCAUUCUCUUCUCGCUUCUUCGUCGAAGGGUAUUGCCUUACCCCACUGUCAAAGAAUUGCGCGACCACCAGGCUCAAGUACGCCGUUCGUACGAACUUGGAGAGGAAGUCCACACCCGGUUCUCCGCAUCGUCCACAAUUGGCCUCAACGAGAUCGGGCGAAUAGUCAAGUUAAUAAACUCUGCCCGAAAAGCAAAGUCCAAAGUUCCUGGGAAGGACAAUCUACCGUCAAAGCAAGACGAAGCAUUUGCUGAGGAAGAGCCAGCUGAUACCGAUGAAGCGAAAGUCCCAGAUUCCACAACAGCACUUGACGCGUCACCAGUGGCAGAAGAUGAGACGGAGGCAAAUGCAAAGCGCGACAUUCUUUACGCGCUUGACACGAUUGCCGAUCUCCACGAGAGGAUUAGAAACAUCUUCAUAUGGAGAGAUCCUCCCUCAUCCCGUUUGUACGCUAUUGUCAUCUUUUGCGUAUUCUUCGUCACCCUAGUUCUCCCUGCAAAAUACCUUGCGAAACUCGUCUACUUCAUCCUGGGAGUCUGCUUCUGGCAUGUCAUGCCACUAGCAGCAUCUUUACCCCCAGAUGCCCUUGCUCGAAUCCCUCCCCCAUUGUCGGAUGUCCCCACCGAUGCCGACUACGCAAUGAAGCUCAUUUCACAGCAGGCGCUUGCGGGAUUACGAGUCACUCCGACAAGGCCAAAGAACGCAACGAUUAGCCUGAAUGCCUCUGACUCACCCGCCAUCGGGAAUGAUCUCAAAGUGAGAAGUGUUCCGGACAGCGCAGAUGGCGUUAAUUGGAAGAAAUGGGGAGAGAAGCUUGCUUCGAGUAAAGCGAUGGUCACAAAUGGGAGACAGAUAUUGGUUGAACAACACCCAUCGUUGGUUUCUCGAGUAUCAAAACUCUCCACGAUAUUAACGCCUGGACAAGCCUCGUCAGAGCAAAUAACGCAAUCAUUCCCUGCGUACAAUAUCUCGACACCGGGGCUGAUUACAUUAACACUCUCCAACGUCUGCUUUACACCGCUCCUCUCGGCAUAUCCGACGAAGACCAUCCCGAUCGACAACAUUCGCAGUGUUAAGAAGUCCGGUAUGUUGAAAGGACUGGCUGUGUCGUGGAUAGACACCCAGCAGGACGACACACCCCAAGAAGAGAAGUUUCGAUGGGUAGGCGGCAGAGACGAGUUGUUUGCUAGAUUGCUUGGACUUGCCUCCAAGGAGCAGAAGUGGAGGAGGGCGUGA